AUGAACACCAUUCAAGGGCUUGUCAGCCAACAAUGUCCGGCCAACAUUAUGUCGUGCAUGAAGUUUGUCUGCAGAAUACGUGGACAAGAGCAAAUCUACAAAGGAUGCAAUGAUCCAGCAAAUCCACCGGUCGCCUGUCAGACGUUACAGUCGAAUUGCCAAGCACAAGGUGGAACUGGUCAAUGUUACACUUGCAACUUCGAAUUCUGUAAUUCAUCGACUGGCAUCACUCUGAUUUCAUUGAUCGCUUCUGUAUUGUACUUUUUCUCUUCAUGU